AUGCGGAGUUCAGUGUGACGAAGUGCGUCGUGCGCAGCGGCAACGUUUUUUUUUUGCUUUUGUUGUUGUGUUUUUCCCCUUCUUGACUUGGCUCAGCUCAGUUUAGUUUUAGAGCUCUCAUCAUUUCUCUAUUGAAAACGAACACGGGAAAUUUCUUACAAUAUUUGUGUGUGUGUUUUUCUUUUUGAGUGCGUUCGCGUGUAUAUAUAUAUGUAUAUAUAGAUCAAUCCUAUAUAUUGAAGAAAAAUUCUAAUAAUAUGCAGUUAAAGUGAAAGCAACAACAACAACAAACAAUAAUGGAAAACUCAUUUCAAUUGGAAAACAGUGACGGAACAACAACAACAUCAACUCAAGCAAUUUCAAAGGAAGCGGAAUGCGGCUGUGUGCGUUUGGGUAAAUGCAAAUGGUUUAAUGUGGCCAAAGGAUGGGGCUUUCUAACGCCCAACGAUGGCGGCCAGGAGGUCUUUGUCCAUCAGAGUGUCAUACAAAUGUCGGGAUUCCGUUCAUUGGGCGAGCAGGAGGAAGUGGAAUUCGAAUGCCAGCGGACAGCAAGAGGUUUGGAGGCCACCAGAGUAUCGGGUAAACAGGGUGAUGAUUGCCAUGGCAGCACCUACAGACCAAGAAUCAAUCGACGAACUCGCCGGAUGCGUUGCUAUAAUUGCGGUGAAUUUGCCAAUCAUAUUGCCUCGGAAUGUGGCUUGGGGCCACAGCCGAAACGUUGCCAUCGCUGCCGGAGUGAAGACCAUUUACAUGCCGAUUGCCCCCAUCGCAAUGUGACACAAACCUCACAGCGACUCGGCAGUAAAAGCCCCCAAGAAGUCGAUGAAGAAGACGAAAAGCAAGCGUCAUCAUUAUUAUCAUCACCUUUGACCAACUCAUCGCCAACAAAAUCAACGGGUUCUUAGCGGCUCCGAAGCAGAUAAAGAUGAUGAUGAGGAUGAGGAUAAAGAUGGACUAAAAGAAGUUAAAAACUUCAUGGCGAAACAAAACUUUCUACCUUUUUUUCUGUCACCGCAAAACGUACAAAAAUCAAAGAAAUCGAACGUACAACAAUUACAAUUAAAAAUACAUUUACAUAUAGUUUAUUUAAGCAUUAAGUGCAGUAGGUCAAACUAGCAUAGUUAUUAGGCAUAGUCAACGAGUGAGAGGACUGAGCGAUGCUGCUCUUGUCCUUUAUUUUAAACCUAAGCUUACUUAUUUUUAGUUAAAUCUACUAAGUAUAUUCUUCUUUAUUUUUUUUGUUUAUGUAAAAUGCAAAAGAAAAAGAAAAUAAACUAAAGGCCAUGUAAUGUAAUGCUUAA